UUUCAUGAUGUCAUCAAUGUGCGGGUAAAUCUGAUGGAAGGAACUCAGCUGUCAAAAUGUGUACUUUACACGUGGGGAGCGAACAGUUCCGGGCAGCUGGGGCAGGGACACACGGAAGAUCAAGCCGAGCCGCGGCGCGCACACGGCGGACUGCAGGCAGAGCAGGUCCGCUGCAUAACCGGAGGAGGCGGGCAUUCGGCUGUCAUCACUGAGUCAGGUGACCUGCUGAUGUGUGGACACAACAACAAAGGUCAGUUAGGGCUCAGUCACACUUCAGAGGUCAUAACCUUUCAACCCUGCCCUUUGUCUGGGUGGGGAAGAGUUCAGCAGGUGUCCUGCGGUUGGGACUUCUCUAUUAUCCUGACAGGUGACGGUCAGGUCUUGGUGUGCGGCUCCAAUGCUUUUGGACAGCUGGGUGUCUCACCAAGGAUAUCACACUCAGCAGAACCUUUACAUGUGAAGACACUGAAUGAACCUGUGACUAGUGUCGCUGCUGGCCUCAGACAUGCUUUAGCAAGCACAGCUUCAGGUUGUGUUUAUCAGUGGGGGACGGGCCUGUUGAGCCACACUAAGAGAAUGUUGAGUCCACAACCUGUUCCUGCUCAUCUGUCCUCUAAAGAGCCCUGCCUUGUCCCGGGGUUAGAUCAUGUGACCCCACAGAAGGUAGUUGCAGGCUCCACCCACUGCAUUUGUUUGACAGCGAAGGGUGACGUGUUCCUCUGGGGCAGCAAUAAACACGGUCAGCUGGUCAGCGAGAGUCUCUUCCUGACACUUCCUGUGGCGCUGGAUCGUUCUCUGCUGCGGGGCGAGAGAGUGACCACCGUUCACAGCGGCUGGACGCACCUCGUCACAAAAACAGAGAGUGGGCGGGUCUUCACAUGGGGCAGAUCCAAUUACGGACAGCUAGGACAGACCAAUCAGGAUACGAAAAAAAAAGAGUCUGACGAUUCAACCAGCUCUGGGAAAACUAUAAGCCGCCCCGUCGAGAUUAAAGCUUUAUUUGGAGCAACACAGAUCGCUUGCGGAUCUGAACACAACUUGGCUGUUGUGGGGGGUCGGAUAUUCUCCUGGGGCUGGAACGAACACGGAAUGUGUGGAGACGGUUCCCUUUGUGACAUCAGGCAACCACGGCCAGUCCCUGGUCUCGCAGACGCUACGGCUCUUCUGAUUGGCUGUGGAGCAGGACAUUCAAUGGCACUAUGCAGUUUGAAGAGCAACAAGGAUUCUGCAAGCUAAACAGGUUUCAGCAUUUGUCUCUCUCUCCGUUUGCUUUCGUUACGUUUUAAUGAAUUAUUCAGAAAGACAUGUUUAAGCCUUUAAAGGACAGAUUUAUGAUCAAAGUCUCAGAGAUGCAAAUACUACCUACGGAUGAUCACAUUAUGCUAAUGACAUCAGGAAAUAAACAGGCACAAGAACACUAGGCCCAAUCAUGCAAAUAUUCAUAGCUUAAAGGAGAGACCUUAGGUUUUGUUUUUAAAAUUAUAAUGACAUUUAUAUGGCUUUUUUUUCUCCAAUUAAAUACCCAAAAAAGUACAUCUUUAUGCAAUCAGUGAUGUAUUUCGGCGUGUAUAUGCUGUCCUUGUGCCUUCACAACCAUUCAGAAAGACAUUCACGCUUCCUUUGCUGUGAUCGACGGUCAAGGAUCAUUUCCUCUGACUUUUCACCCCAGGGACAGAGAAGACCUUUAAAUAACCUUCACCGUAAAUACACUGUAAAACCGAUUUACUGCUAAGAAAAGACCUGUCUGAAAACAAUCAAUCUCACAGAAUACCCAAUGAUGGAGUAAUAAUCUACUGAAGAUACUCCAUAAAGCUUGAAAAACCCACACAACACACAAAAUCUGUUUUAGUGUUUUUUAUUAUCAUUGGGGUAUUUUUUCUUGUUUUUUUUUCUCUCUUCAGAAAGACACAAAAUUGCCUUAACAAUGUCAACUCAAACCAUCAAUGAAAACACCACCUGGUUUUAAAUAACUAUCCAUACUAUGCACUGCAGUGAGCUGAAAAACACAAGGAACGUCUCACAGCACAAACGUUUUUGCCUGGGAGUUUGCAAAACUAUUCAGUCCCAGUGACUGUACACAUCUUGAGUUUUAUUUAUAUGUAUAAUAUAUAUAUAUAUAUUUAUUACUCAUUGAUGUUUGUGCUCUGAUGUUGUCGGGUCUUUAAACAGUCCAGCAUAUUGUAAGGAAACGACCCAAUGUUGACAUUCCUGUGAUGCAACUGGCAGUGCGCUAGUUUGGUCCCAAAGAACUGGGUUUACUUCACAUUUUCACAACAAUGAAAAAUAAACGUUGAAAAAAUAAACAUAACAGUAUCGGUUCCUUUCAUAUUUUCCAUCAUAAACCCUGUAUGUUCUUGUUCUCUAUAAAGAGUCGUGUUGUUAUACAGUGCAGGAUUGUCUCUUGUGAUGGUUUUUAUGAAAACCGCUAUAAUAAUGUGUCUUCCAAAAUUGCUUGUAUAUUCACAUUGAAUUUUCAAAUGCAAACUAAGCGUUUAUUAAACAUAUUCCUCACAAAACUCAAUGAUGGUG